AAUGAACAACUAAUAGGGUAUGAUAUUCAAGUACGUGGCCCAUUUGAUGCUUGUGAUAGAUGCAAGUCAUAUCUGGCACCUACAUCGUUAAAUUCUCGUCUGAGCAUUUUACCAUCCGCCAGACUUACUGAAACGUUAUCUACGGCAAAAACAUCUUUAAUAAAUCCAAAUAGCCCGGAUGGUUGUUGGGAUGAAUUAUAUAUGAUUGCAGGUGGUACCGGAAUAACACCAAUGCUACAGUUAAUCAAGUAUCAUUUGGAACGGUCGAUGAAACGAGAAAACGAUACCAAUAAAUACCGACGAAUGCAUUUAUUAUUUGGGAACCGUAAAAUUGAAGAUGUUAUCGAUGGUAUAUUACUUGAAGAUCUUGCACUUUCAAGUCAAGGGCAAUUAACUGUGACAUUCUGUCUCUCAGAGCCGCCUUCUGAUUGGGAAGGUUUGAAAGGAAGAAUUAAUAAACGAAUAAUACAAGAUUGGAUGAAUAUGAUGAUGCAGGGUGUGUCCCUUCAGUCUCCUAAUGAAACUCAGACGGACAUUCUUCAUAGUCAUUCUAUACGUCGUGACCCAAAUGAGAAUUGCUGGAGUUAUUCAUCGUCAUAUCAUCAACUACCAUUCAUGAAGUCACAUGAAAUUUCACAAAUGUCUCCACUGCGGCAAUACAAUUCUGUAAGUGUACAUACACUUUCUAGGGAAUUCAGAGCACUAUUUGUGCCACCUGAUAAUCGAAUAUAUGAAGAUCGUAUAAAUGAUAUGGGACCUUACCUAGAACCGAAAGCAUCAUCAAAUAAAUCAAUACUUAGCAUUGAUCCAGAUUUAGCAAAUUCAAAAAAUGGUGAUAAUUUAAUACAUGGAAAAAUUAUUGUUAGUGGUCCAUAUGGUAUGUUAGUUGCUGUUGAACAAGAUCUACUUGAGAUGGGAUUUAAUGAUGACGUGAUUAUAUUGUAUUAA